CACCGCAACCUCCCUCUCGCCAGCUGGCUCUCCGCGACCGCCGACUGGACCACGCCCCUCCACCACCUCGAGGUGCUGCCGGCUCGCCGCGCGCGACAGCUGCUGCGCGACGGCGCGGACCCGCACGCCUCGCACCGCGAGCGCGGCGUGACGCCCGCCGCGCUCGCCGCGCGCCUCGCCGACCGGGGGCUGGCGCCCGAGGGCUCGGCCGCGCAGCUCGUGCUGCUCGCCGCCGAGCCGUGGUCGCCCGAAUCGCACAGCUUGUUCCCGCGGCGCGCUCGGGAGCGCGCCUUCGAGCUCGCGCGGAUCGGCUGGCUCCUGUCGCGCCUCGAGGCGUUCGAGGGGCAGGAGCUCGCAGUGGUCGACGCGUGGCGCGGUUUUGUCAUGCCGCACGCCGUGCGUCGAGCCUCCCACUAAGCAGCGAGCGAGAACGACGGCCGGCGGCAUGCCGCUGGGCGCGUGUAAAUUUGCGAUUCCUUUCGGUGUGUACAGUUGAGACGGUUCGCCGCGGUGCGCUGUGUGGAGCAGCUUCCAGUAUUAGUCCAGGUGACGCAGGAGAGGAGGAGACGAGAGACGGAGUGAGAGAUGGGCAGAGAGCACCGAGGCGCGAAAACGGAAG